ACCGCGUCAUGUCGGGCUACGUCAAUUUUACGCAGAAGCAGAAGUGUUUAUUGGGAAAACUAAAAAAUCUUUUCCCAAAUAAUACCUAUAAUUAAAGUUAAAACCCUAAUUCUGCGAGAUAGUUGGUUUCUAGUCAUAGUUAUUGUAAUCACUUAUCGGCAGUUUGCGCUAACUAGUAAAUAUUUCACGUUAUAUGUCAAGCAAGAUCGAUUGAUUUUUAUUUUAUUUUGUUUUAUAAAAGUGGCUUAUUGAUAAAAUAGCUAAUGAAAUCACUUAAAGUGUGACGUCGCUCGGUUCCUCAACGAUUUGGACAUGCGAUAAUGAGAAGUAGAAUUCGCUAGAUGAGUGAUGGAUGAGUGCAUUAAGGGCUCCCCUUGUAAGGAGUGUGAUGAUGUGGACGAUGGGCAGCUUGGGGCGGAAGUGGAGCACCUGCGGCAGCAUUUAGCUGAGCGGGACUCUCAUAUCGUUGCCUUGGAGGCUGAGUUUGUCAAGUCUACCAGCCGAGUUAAAGAUCUUGAUGAGCAACUGCAUACUUGGAGAGAGAAAUAUGAAAGAUUGAAUGAUUCCCACAAAAGGGUGCAGAAACUAAAUCAGGUUUUGGAAGACAAAUUGCUGCAAAUGGUUGACAAAAUGAAGGGUGAGAAGAGCCAGCUGACCAAAGACAUAGCCACUUUGUCAGUAAGGCUUGCUGAAUCCAAGCACAACUUCAGCAUGCUGCAGAAGGAAAAUGAAAGAUACAAAAACGAUAUGAAUCUAGCAAUCCAACUACUACAGUGCAAGCCUGACAACUUUGUAUCCCAAAAACUGGACAAUCUCCCUGUAGAUACACAAACCCGGGUGUCACAAUAUGUCAUGUCGAAAACAUCCAAGCCAUCCAGCUCGACCCAGUCAAGAAACGGUAACGAACUAGACACUUUUGAUGCAAGUGAGUACGAAUUUAAUAUUUCCGCAUCGCUGAUGUCUAAAAUUCUUGAGGAUAGUAUUCAGGAUACCGUAUCGAAACACUGUGAUACAUGUAUAUGCAUGAAAUCACAGAGCAAACCCUUCUGCUACAACGAGAGCUACUAUUCUGUCGCCACGCAAACAUUUCUGAGCGGAGAUAUGAAGAAUUCCCUAUGCUUGAAUUGCAAUUCGGAAAUUAAAUCUGUUCAUUCCAAUUUAAGCUUCCGAAGUGCUUCACCACACGCUAUUAAACUGGUAAAUGAAAAAUUAGUAGGUCAAGGCGCGCCAGGGCCUUAUAUUGUACCUCAACCUAUCGCGGAACAGCUGAAAGUCGUCCCUGUUAUCAAUGAGGCGUCUAACAUAAGCUAUAUUAUUAACGAAACACCUAAAGCAGAUGAUAAAGUCCAACUCUUGCCAAAUGAUGAGAAAAAUAUCCCACCUAUUGAUACUAGUGAUCUAAAGCAGUUGAGAAAGAAUACCAUGAACAUGGAACCGGCGGUUCAUCAUAAGCUCUGUGAUCGCACGAGAACUUCCAUUUCUAGCAAGAAAAGUAGUGUUCACAGUAUUGGCAAUGAGGAAAUUAUGAAGGAAUUAUCAAACUCUAAAGACAUUACUAAAGAUAUCAAACCAAUUAAUGAGAAUCGGUCGCUCGAGAACUAUAAUGUGAGAAAAAACUCCUUGGGUUCAAUGGGGGCUGUUAGUAGAACUUCUUCUGUAGCUAAAUCUACAGUCAGCACUCAUAAGUAUAACACUCAAGUGGGUCCCGGCCCUCGGUUUUGCCAUUUGCGAAUGCAAGCCGGCUCCAAAAAUAUUCUCUUAGAUAAUGCGCAGCCUGACGUGCCCCCCGUCUUAUACCGAAGGCAAAGUAAAUGCAAUGAAAACUCUAUCUUUAAAGAUCUGAAUGAUGGUAUGGAGAAUUUUAUGGAUAUAGAUAGAACCCCAGAUGAAAAAGAGGAUGCUAAAAAUGAUAAUGUAGUAGUAGAAAGCACGCUCAUAGACGUUCACGUCGAUAACAAUGCCAAAGAAUGCAAUACGAGUGUGAAGAGUCCUAUUAUAAAUCCUGUGCUAUUGAAUGUUUCUUCAUCGCCUCUACAACCAUUAAAGACGCAUACUUUCUCCAACAGUUCCGAAAACAAUAACAAUAAAUCUCAAAGUGUUGAUAGUCAGCAAAAUGUUUCAGAAACAGAUAAUAUUCUAAAUGAGUUUAAUGCAGAUAUGAAAAAUAUGCAAAACAAUAACAUUGACGCUAUAAACACAAAUGAUAAUGGUAAUAAACUAGACGUCCUAUCGCCAGCAGAGAGUCAGGACGUCAAAAUAUUUAACUUCGAUCGUUACGAGCAGAAUAAACUCUCCAAUUUACAUACCAGGUCUUUGAGAAAGAUCGAUUUGUCGCAACUUCAUUCCAUUGAAAGCACAAGAAUAUCUAAAGACUUCCGGCCGUUGGAUAAUCAUCAACAUCAAGUCCCAAAGCACGAGAAAAAAACAGAACACAUUCCACCCAAGUCAGUACUGCCCGCUGUAGUUAACGUGUAUCCAAACUUAACCCAGACUCAUUUGAAAGUGAAUGAAAUUACGAAAGUGUUCACGAACGAACAAAGCACAAGCUCGCUUUCUAGCGACGAUAGUGCUGCUUUAUUGCAAAAGCAGCAGUUGCUUAGAGUAGCAGAAUGGGUUGAAAAGAAUUUAGAGCAGCAAAAUAAUCUAAACGAUCCUUUGGAAGAUGAUGUCGCGUAUAAUAAUAGCGUGAUGAGAAGGGAUAGUAAGCUGAGCAGACUUUCGGAGACGCUAAAUGAAUUGGCACUCAAUAUGCCACACCCAGUGAGCAAAUAUUCCAAGUCAUUCACUAGAGAUGGUCUCAACAACUGGGUUCGCAACUCAGUAGCUCAUAAUGAUAAUGCUGAAAAAAGGCACGCGCCUAAUCCAAAGGCAAAUAUCGGCAAGGAAACAAGUUUCCCAGUUGAGAGUGGUGACGCUACAGUUACAGAAGUCAAUGAUAAUUCUAAAGUCAGACGUAACGCUAGCGAUUUCGACGUCGGUAAAGAGUUGCGAAAUGCCUUAAAGUCUAAGGACAGAGAGAUAACGGCUGAAGAAUUAGCGCGAAUGGAAUAUAAUGUCAAGAAGUUUUUACUGAGCGGCCCGCACUGGACGAAUGAGGCUACAGGCCGUAGCCGACGCACCAGCAGCAAAACCGAGACUGAUGUAUAAUUCCGAUGUAGAUAGUUUGAUACAUUCCAUGUUCAACUUUCUUGUGUGUUGGAUGGACAUUCCAUAUUUUGUCAUACCAUCCGGAAAUCUGUUAAAUGUUUGUGAAAGGAAACUAUACUAAGUCUAUUUCAUUUUAGAGACUGGAAAUGGAUAAGAUGAUUUGAGAUCUUAAAAUGAAAUAAUACUUAUUGUAUUUCUCUGUCAGUGGCAUACUUUGCCGUUUAUUUAGGCUAUUGAUGCGUAGAUCUGAGGAUCACCUCUGCACAUAGUAAUAUGACGUAGUUCGUUUUAGUAGCUCGGUCUUUGUCAUGCUUGUUAAUCAUUUGCCUGUUCUAAAUACAUUUGUUACGGCACUUCUUUGUGCAAAUAUAUGACGAAUUGAAAUGCAGCAUUAGACGAUAAAAUUGCAGAACUAAGUAACAACAUUUCUCUAUUAUAAAUAAUCUAAAUAGUUUCUGAUUUUCAUUGUAAAAGUCGAGGAUAUUUUCGUAAUAAGUUUGAUUUUAUAGUGUGGAUAGAGAAAUGGUUUCGUAUCUAUCCGAUCAGAUUGAUAUCAAAUGGCAGUUAUUCGACUAAGAAUGUACUUUUAGGUACCUUUACACGAUUUUAUGGCCUAGAGGCAUUUUUCAUAAGCACAAACUCGGUGUGGUUACGCAU